AGUCGCUGCCCGCAGCCCCGGCGCGUUCCCCAGGGUGCAGAGGGCCAUGGACGGUUACUACGGCUUCCUGGCGCUGCUGGUGUCGGCGCUGCUCGUGGGCUUCCUGGCCGUACUCUUCACCCUCGUCUGGGUCCUGCAUUUCCGCGAGGGACUCGGCUGGGACGGCACCGCGCUCGAGUUCAACUGGCACCCGGUGCUCCUGGUCACCGGCUUCGUCUUCAUCCAGGGCAUCGCCAUCAUCGUGUAUAGAUUGCCAUGGACCUGGAAAUGCAGCAAGCUCCUGAUGAAAUCCAUCCACGCAGGCUUAAAUGCCAUUGCAGCCAUUCUUGCCAUUAUCUCACUGGUGGCCGCGUUUGAUUUCCACAAUGCCAUGAAGAUACCCAAUAUGUACAGUCUGCACAGCUGGGUUGGACUGACCGUUGUUGUGUACUACAUUCUACAGCUUCUCUUAGGUUUUCUCAUCUUUCUGCUUCCCUGGGCCCCGCCAUCGCUCCGAGAAUUUUUCAUGCCCAUCCACGUCUAUUCAGGACUUGUCAUCUUUGGAACAGUGAUUGCCACAGUGCUUAUGGGAGUGACUGAGAAACUGAUUUUUUCCCUGAAAAAACCUGCAUACAGUUCAUUUCCACCUGAAGGCGUUUUCACAAAUGUUCUUGGCCUUCUGGUUCUGGUGUUUGGUGCCCUCAUUUUCUGGAUCGUCACCAGGCCUCAAUGGAAACGUCCCAAGGAACCAAAUUCAGUCCUUCUUCGUUCGAACGGAGGCGCCGCAGAGGGAGCAGACAGCUCCUUGGCAGUCAACCUCAGCAAUACUGAUAGGGCAGAUUCUGAGUUAAACAGUGAAGCUGCAGCUCGGAAAAGAAACUUCACCCUGGAUGAGGCUGGCCAGAGAUCCACCAUGUAACGUGUUGUAGAGAUGUAAGCCUAGAAGGUGCCUAGAAAAACUAACUCUACAGCUUAACUCCUCCUACUGGGAGAGGUCAAUGUUUGUUUUAUUUUGUUAUGUUUUAUUUAGUUCGAUUUGGUAACAUUCAAGAUUUAUGAAAAAAAAAAAAGUAAAAAGGACAGUAUUCCCCAAAAACUCUACUCCAAAAAGACAUGUACUCUCCUAUAAUCAUUGCAGCAGUAGCCCAAAUCUGGAAACAACCCAAGGGUCCAAGAACAGAUAAACUGUGAUACAUAAACUCAGUGGAGUACCACUAGGCUAUAAGAAAUGACACAAUCAUGCAGUUUGUUGCCACGAGGAUAGAACUGGAGGGGAUCAUGCUGAGUGAAAUCAACCAGAAGAGGGACAGAAGAAGAAAUGAUCUCUUAGGUGUGGCAUUUAAAGAAGCUGAGUAAGGGAAUAACAAACGGGCCAAGGCAACAGAACCUAAGAACUGGUCUUUUCUUCCCCAGGCAGGGAGAUAGGUGGGGAUCCUGAGGUGGUUGUGUAGAAAAGGGGUCCCUGGUGGAGAAAACAUAUGUAGUGCUGGAACAUUGUAUGCAUGACCCCAUAUCAUGAAUGGUAUUCUAAAUCACAACAGGCUCAAGAGCAUAUUCAUGUUGCCAGGGAUCAGAAUGUUUCUAUGUACCUUUCUGCUACACUCACCUUGGCAACCAGCACUCUGGAAAAUGCCUUGACCAUGUCAGUCCUAAGCUCAGCAUUGUGGUCUGUCAUCCUUCCCCUAGAGAAAAGAAUUUCAGGAGGACACUAAAUAGUGAAUAGUGAAGCAAGGUAGUUUUUAUGGAAUGAAACUUGCUUAGAAAGAUGUGUAGAGAAAAAGAGAAGUGUAUUCAAAAGAGGGAAUAAAGGACCCUUGCCUUGUGCACAACUGACCUGGGUUCAAUCCCCAUAUGGUUUCCCUGAGACCUCCAGGAGUGAUCUCUGAGCAAAGAACCAGGAGUAAUCCCUGAGAACCAAUUAGAGAGAGAGAGAGAGAGAGAGAGAGAGAGAGAGAGAGAGAGAGAGAGAGAGAGAGAGAGAGAGAGAGAGAAUAAAUAAGGCUUCUUCAGAGUAGAAAAUUGCAAACAAGCAUAGAAACAAAAAAAAUCAAGGUAUGUAUUUAAGGGAUAACAUGAGAUUGAAGAGCAAGCAUGAACCUCUUGAAAAAGUUUGUAUUGAUUGAGGCCCAAAUCAGAAAAAGGAGCAGAUAUUACUGGUGGCUCCAUCAUUUCUGUGUGUGUGUGUGUGUGUGUGUGUGUGUGUGUGUGUGUGAGUGUGUGUGUGUAGGGGAUCACACCUGGCGAUGCUCAGAGGCUACUUCUGUCCCUGUACUCAAGAAUUACUCCUAGCAGUGCUCAGGGGACCUAUAUGGGAUACCAGGAUCGAACCUGGGUCAGCGUGUGCAAAGCAAACGCCCUGCGUGCUGUACUAUUGCUCCGGCCCCUCCAUCACUUUUGGCUUGUUGAGAAUCAAAGCAUGUAACCCAGUUGCUUUGUGACAGAUGAUCAAAACAUGUGCUCUGGUUGGUCAGUUGGAUAAGCUAGCGACUUCUAGCCCUCUUGGUGUACAACCCUUUCCUGUUAACGUAGGAGCUCAGUGAUUUGGUAUGUAGGGAAAGCAAAAUCUAACAUUGUCAAAUGAGACUGUCAGGGCAAGGCUUAUGCGGCACAGAUAUCAAGAUUAACAUACGGGGGGGGGGGGGCGGGCAGGGGGAGAAUUAGGACAUGUCUGGCUCCCUUUCCACUACUGCUGCUCUCUUCUCUCCAGCUGCUUUGAGCUUAGAUUGUUUGAGCUCAGAUUGGCCAGAGAAACCAGGAUUUCUGUUAGAGCAUUUUGGUGCUGAGACUGGGCCUCUGGUGAUCAAAGAGAUUGUCUCUGGUAGGACUGGAAAGUAGUGUCUAAAACUUCUCUUAGUCCCAGGGCGUCAAAAAAACCCUUGGAUUUGGGGUUAUAUAGACAGGUUAUAUGCCUGGAUGCUGGAGCAACAUACAUUGUUUUAUGAACCUCAAAGAACACUUUUCUCCAAGUUAAUGUUCUUAUUUUUAAAAGUACUUACAUGCACUUACUAUGUACCCAAUAUUAUUCUAAGCACUUUACAAAUAUUAGCUCAUUGCCCCAGGAACCUGAUGAUUGGAUACUGUUAUCUGCCCCAUUUUUCAAAUAAGAGUUUGGAAGUUUGACAAAGUCAGUAACUUGCCCCCUAUGACCAAGGCUCCUUGGUGGGGGGCAAAGAUUCAUACCUAACAGGCUGGCUCCUCCCUCAAUCAUUUGACCACUGCACUCAGCUGGGUUUUUCUCCCAGUUUAUAUUAAUUCGCACCUUCUUUCACCCUCCCCGUGGGUAAACCUCAGCAGCUAGAUUGUAGUAUCAUUGUUCAAGUGUAUUUCCUGGCUCUCUGUUCCAAGGUUCCCUCAUAACCAAAGACUCGUCCAUACCUGUACAAAGGUCAUGGGUAUCCUGUACCACUGCCAAAAAGCUGUGACCCGCCUUGAUGCACCUUUGCUCUGAAAUGAUGCCUUAGUGACUGAGAAAGAUUUGCAGCUUUCAAGGUUAACCGUUAUUAUAUUUGCUCUUAGAACCAUGGUGGUUGAAUAGCUGGGGUUUGGAGGAAGGAAAGCACUGUCUGAAGACCUGUUGUUCCUGAGACAAUAGUAGGGGGAGGAAAUUUGGGGGUAUUUCUAGAAUUUGUGAUUCCCAGUAUUGAUUUUCAACUCAGUAGUGACAAUUUGUGUACAUGGGAACCUCUGUUUAGGCUCUGAACUGACAGAAAUUAAAAUAUAGAGCAAUGCCUGUGCUGAAAUGAUACUUUUCACUUUGGGGAUUGAUUGGGGGGAGGGUUGAGAAUGGGGGAGGUUCCCUGCAAUUUUAAAUUAAGAGUGUUAAUGUGUACACAACCUACUUUUUAUGCCAAAUAUACUAAACGUUGUUGGUGCUCAAUGAAUUGAUUUCCUUUAAGCUUCUUGAAUAACCGUUUAAAGGGUCCCUUGCUGUAACACUGCAUUCUUCUUGUUUAAUUCUAUUUCCAAAAUUGGACAAUAGUUUCAAAAGAGUCUCCAGUGCUUGGUCUAAUGCCUGACACAUAGUAGGCACAAUUAAAUUCAAUAUGAGUAUCUCAUGCUACAAUUUUAGUGCUAAGUGGAAGGAGUAAUUGUGUUGUUAUACAAACAUAUUUUGAUAAAUGGGUGUUUCAAUGCAUAAAGGCGCACAAAAAUUUCACAAGAUUUUUUGGGGGGAGGACAGGUCAGUGACAACCCCAAGAAUCGAAGCUGUCAUUCUGUUUUGUGGAAGCCAAGAAAGAGGAUAUUAAUGAAAAGUUAAUUAUGGAUUCGGCACUAGAAUAUUCUAUUCCAUUGCAAAGUGUUUGAGCAGCCCUUAGCUCUUUUAUUUUCUGUCUUUCCUGGACUAUUGUGAGGGUAAUCUUACAGAUAUUAGAGGAAAUUCUUUUCUUCCCAACCAUUAUGAGCAUUGUAAAGUAUAUCUAGAAAACCUUUCUUUUAAUGGACUUUUUAUUCUAAUGAUAAUUGUACCUUUAUCUUUCAAAAGCGGAUAUUUCCUACCUUAAGUGUCUCUCCCCAAAAUAUCUUAUUAAAAUCCCACAAAAAGAAAAGGGAAAAGAAAGCCUAGAGUAUCAAUUCCAAGCAAGUGAUUGAAAUCUCUCCCAAAUAAUUAUAAUUAUAGCUUAUAACAUCUUCAGAGAGAGAGAGAGAGAAAGAGAGAGGCUGGCACAGUUUACCCCAUAAUCUAAUUUCAGGGAGGGGGUGGGGGUUGGGGUGUGCUUUAUUUUAACAGUCAUCAAAAUCAACACUAAGACCUUUACUUUCAGAGGGUUUAUUGAGAAACUCAAAUGAAUGUACUUUUUUAAUUAAUAGUAUUAGGAGAGCACAGCUUCCUAUGCUGUUGAGUCACCCUGAAUUCUAGAAUUCUUUCCUGUGGUCUCAUUUAAACCAUGCUGGUUGGUAACCACACCUCAGACCUAAACAGUCAAAGAACAAAAAAGGGAUUUGCAUUUUUAAAAAACAACUGGUUUCUACUUUCUUAAAGGAUUAAAUAAAGGGAAUGUCUUGUUUUUAAUUAGGCACUUUGCCAACCUGAGUUGGAAAUUCCAUUGAGAUACUGAUUGACCCCAACUGCCAGGUCUAAAAGUUCAAAGGAAGAAGUAAAGCUUUAUGCUCAACUUUGUUGCCCCGUGAUGGGAUUUUACUCCUUGUAUGUCCCUUUCCAAGAUAAAUAGAAUCCGUUACCGCUUUAUCUUAGAAUCACACAUAGAAAAGUAUAGAAGAAAGAAGACUGUUAUUUUUUCCCUACAAGGUACCUGAAAACAUACAGAUUUCUAUGUUAAAAUUUGUCUUUUUAUCUCAACACAAUUAUGGGGGAGGGGAUUAAAUAGCUUGAAUAUGUUAUAAUUUUGUAGAAAUUAUGCAUCUAUUUUUUCCUAACUUGUUUUUAUAUAGUAAUAAAAGUUAUUUUGGAAACUGG